CGUAUAUACUCCACAUCUCCAGACGAAGGUACAUUUAAACAGAACUGUGUGGUGGAGGGAGACGGGCGAGCGAGGAGAAAGAAACACACUCACACACACUCUCAAGGCACAACAACAACAACAACACCACCUGAUACUCUCUCAGGGAUCGAUCAGCCAAAUCGGGCAUCUUUACUUUUUUGGGGGGCUUUUUUUAGGAAACAUUUUGGAGAUGUCCAACGUCCAGUUAUCGAGCAGCGCGAUGGAGAGGCUGGUGGCCAGGAGGACCUUCCCUCUCCACAGACGCACGAGCGUCUGCCGCAACCUCUUCGGACCAGUGGAUCACGACGAACUGAGCCGGGAGAUGAAAACCAAGAUGCGGGAGAUUUCCGAGCGGGACCAGCAGAGAUGGAACUUUAAUUUCGAGGCCAACACCCCGCUGGACGGGGAUUACAAGUGGGAAGAGGUGCCCAUGGAUAAGACCCCGGUGUUUUAUCAGGACUCUGUACAGAACGACAGGACCAGGGUGCCUGCGACGCCCGUCAAGCAGAUGCCGACCUCGGACUCUGCUCUCCUGGAGAGCCCUCUUAUGGAUGUACUGGAGCGCUUGGCUUUGCCCGAGAGCAGCAGCACUCCCUCCCCGGCGGAGGUCAACCAGGAGAACCGCACAGACAAGCUCAACUCAGGGAAGCCGCCUCACAGACAGGUCCCAUGUGUUAGGCGCAAGAGGACGGCCACCACUGACAACAACACACACAUCACAGACUUCUUCGUGAAACGAAAGAGGGCUGCUGAGAGAAAAUCUAGCGAUAUGAGCGCUUGCCAUCACUCCAAAUCUCCAAUCCCGUUGGAGCAAACUCCGCGGAAGAGGAUUCGUUGAAGGUGGGCUUGCACUAUUUGUUUGCGCAUUUUGAGGAUCAAGGGGACGACGUUUCUCCCUGCUACUUAAAGAAGAGAAAACGGGGGACGGUGUGGGAGAAAGAAGCCCGACAGGCCGGCUGCUGCGGCUCGGUGCGCCCCGGCGGGCCCCGGCGGGCCCCGGCGGAGCGCAGCCUGAACACCGGACCAGACUCUCAGGACUGAACGGUUUGGGGUGGGGGUGGGGGUGGAAGGGGUGGAAAGAGAGAACAUUUCGCCGAAUGACUUAUCCAGUACAAAUGUAGCAUCCAUUGUUGCUUUUGCAUACAGCCACUCGACAGUGUUAAAUGUUUUAACAUCUGUGCAAUCCUAAAUUACUUUAAAAUAAUUGUCUACACUGGCCAGGAGUGUACAGCUUUAUAGAGACAAUAGCUUAUAAAUGUUUAUUUCUGUUCUGUUUCUGUAAAUUUAUAUUUUUAAGACUAUUCUAACUUAUAAUUUAUUUAUGUUUCUUUAUAUUUGUUAAAUGCCUUGUUGAUUUAGCCAAAGGGCAUAUUUUAUUUUAAUUUUAUUUUUAUUAUUUCCGUUUUGUAUUGUGAUAUUUUGCAAUCAUGUAGCUUGCCCGUAUAGUCCACACUUGAAAAAAAAAAAAAGGUUUCUUUGUGUUUCUGAGCCGUUUUAUGUGUUUUUAUACAAGUGCCCUAAUUAGGCUGUGUCUUGCAAAAGAUGAGAAUAAAAUAUUUUUCACUUCAACUUCA